GGCAGCGCACCGCCCGCUGAAGCCACUCCCGGAAGUCAAGCACUCUCUCCCGGAAGUCAGGCGGCUUCUCCCGGAAGUCAGACUGCCUCUACUUCCCCUCCGCUACGGCUCCACCUGUUUGGGAGAGCAGUGCAUGCCAUGGCGCGGGUUAGCGAUGAGUUCUGCUUUGACCCCAUAGACAGAGGUCUUGCCUUAAGAUCAGUGAAUUCUUCUCGGUCAGCAUACGCGUAUGUCUUCUUCUCAUCCAUGUUUUUUCAACAUUACUGCUGCACGGCUGCGCCUCAGCCCUGUCAGAAAGAAAAACAGUUGUCACCUGCAUGUAAAUUGAUCAUUAAGUCAGUUCUUCCUAUAUUCAGAUGUGUAAACGUGCUGGAAAGGCACGUGGAGAAAUGCAGCAUUUACACAAACGCUAAAGAUCGCCACAUAACUUUUCAGCUCCUCUGCAGAAAUGGUAUUGUAAAAACACAUAAUCUGGCUUUUCAAGAAUGUGACCCAUUGCAGGCUGUUUUUGCAAAGCACAUGUGUCCAAAUGUCCUCAGAGCCCACUCCAGGCUGCUGGCUGAUAUAAUGGUUCACUUUCCAACGAGUCAAGAAGAAGUCACUUUAUCGGUUACUCCAAUGAGGGCUUGCUUCAGGAGUUACACUGAGGAAGACACUGACUUUUCAAAGACAAUGGUCACCGAAAUACAGCUGAGUCCAGAUGAGUUUGACUACUUUCAAGUUGGAGUCGAUUCUGAAGUGACGUUUUGCCUUAGAGAACUGAGGGGACUGCUGGCGUUUUCAGAAGCUACCAGUGUUCCUGUCUCCAUCCACUUGGACAUGCCUGGGAACUCAAAGCCACGUGUGGACAAAUGCUUUGAUAAGGAUGGCAGCGCUGAAGCAGUUGCUUCCAAAAAGCCGCGAUGGAACAGGCAGGCACAGAACACAGGGUCAGGGGCACCUGCAAGUCCCUUGGCAAAACAGGUCAAAAGUGUUCCCCCAGUCUCAUACAGAGGUACUGCAGGCACAGGAGGAACAGCUGUAACAAAGGCAGAUGACCAAGCAGUGCUGGAAGCAGAGUCUCCUUAUCACAAGUUUCAUUCGUUGUUCUUUGGAGCAGUCUCUUCUAAGGAGAAGGACGCCGUCAGUCAUGCCUUCCACAGUUUAGCAACAGCUAGUGACACAGAAGAGGAUUUUGGCAAGACGCAGAGCUCACAAGUUCUCCAGUAAGGUGGAAUGAAUGAAUCUCAGACUAUCGCGGGCUGCCCUGAAAGUUAAGCAUGUAUUUGGCACGUAGAGCUGUUUUUAGCUUUAGAACAAAGUUUAAUUCUAUUAUGAAAGUAUCCUAAACUUCUCAGGCGAGUUAGAACUUAAUGGAAACUCACUGCACCUGUAUUCUGAUCAUUCUAAAAGGAGGAUGCUGCCUAACGCAAAGUUAGGUCAUUUAGUUUUGUAUAUCCUGCUGAUAUACUGCUUUGUAUGUCCAGCUCUUCAGUCUCACAAGAGAAGUCAGCUGUGCCAGAGCUUCAGACAAACAAAGCUGCUCUUGUACAGCUACAAGCACUGCAAUAAACCACCCGCUCCAGCACAGCCAAAUUACUGCUUGUAUGGUUGUUGGUAUUACGGCAGAAGCUUGUAGAACCAGUGCUUAGCUUAGUGCAAGAAAGUUGGCAUAAAAAUGCAUUUAAAAAAUAAAAGUGAUGCAAUAACCAAUUUGAAGCCUGAGUUUAUGGGUUCUGGUGUUUCAGGUUUGAAUGUUCUUUUCCUUUCCCUCAUCACUUCCACUGAGUCAGCAACAGACAGCAGCAGCAGGGCACAGGACAAGAACAGCCACAGCCACCAAGGGUGCGUGGUGCAGCAGGCACCUGACCCGUGCUUUGUACCAUUAGCAGAGUUUCUGCAGACAACACUGAUUAAAAUAGACACAUUUUAGUAUAAAUACUAUAUUUAUUAAAUAUCUUUACAAUUCAUUUAAAUGUAUUUACAGAACUAUUCCUGCAUAAGUUAUACCUCAGACAUGAAAUUCACAUAAUUGCCUCUUAGGUAAGCAUAGAUGAUAGUCUCAUUUAACAACAACAAAAAAAAGCAUCCUCAUUAGAUACAGACUCGGAUUUGCUUCAUUUUUUCAGCUAUCUUUGGAAGAAACUACUUCAUACAGUCCUUUUCUACACACACAGUCUGGUUUCUCCCUAGAGAAAGGAUGCCCAUUGCUGAGAGAUGGAAAUUCCUUCCCAAAAUGCUUUACCUCACCUCCUUCAUCUCCCUCACCCAGUCCUGUCUGGUCCCAAAAUCUUGUUUUUUUUUUUCUCCUCAGCCAUACCUUCUUCAUGAGCACAAAGCGUAGAGAGAAACUGUACACUGUAUGUCUCCCAAAGAUAGCCGUCCAAGUAGCACGGAACCACAGACUCUUCCAUUUCACAUCUUAGCCCUUUUUUCACCCAUAUACCGAGUAACACAGCCACAGAAAUCCCAACUCCUGCACACACCGGGGUCCCCCUUCCCUUCCCAUUCCUGCUCCACAACAGCCAGCUCCUGUCAGCUAACAGGAACGUUCCGUGGCAGCUGAGGCCGUUCCUUCACGUCCCCAUGCUACGGAACAGCUCUCCUGUACGCUCCUCUCACCAACACACAAAACCUAACUGCUCAGAAGCGUUCCUGCUUCGUGCAUCGUUUAAAGUUACUGUGAUAGUAUGGGCCCUGUCAUUUCCUCUUCCAAAAAUUUGUUGUGCGCAGACAGCUUAAGUUCAUAGGAAGAAAUUAGGUUUGAUAUGUUUCGAGUGCAUAUCUGAAAACAAAACAAAAACAAGCGCGUGAUAAAAAUAUCAAUUCUUUAUAAUACAGUAUUGCUUUAUAAACAGAUGGAAAAGCUAUCAGCUUUACUGGUCUUUGGUGUGUCCAGUGAGGGAUAAACUCAUGAAUUGUAAAUAAAAAUCCAAUUUUGUUCUUUAUUAAAAAAUAAAUCAGGAUGUGAUGUGAGGCAGAUGGCUUAACAGACACCGCUCAGCUACGAACUGCUUCAACACAAACAGCAAGGCAGAGGCUCAAACCCAGCAGGCAGCACAGUUCGCUUCCGGGGAGGCGGCCGAAUCUCUCCGGUGGAGGAUUCCAGCCCUGGACCAGCAGAGGCAGAGCACAGAGCACGCAGCACCUCACACACCUCUGCUGUGCUCAUCUCUCUGAUCCACAUACAUUUCUCAAUUUAUAAUUCUAAAAAGUGGAGGGGGG